AUGGUGGACCUGGGAUUUGGACACAAGCCUGCUGUGCCAAAGCUGGGUGAAAUAUGCUGUGUCUCUGCAGGUGAGGAUUCCAUCAGCACCCUGGGUCUGAUCCUUGGCAUGGGGUUAUCACUGCUGCUUGUGUUUGUCCUGGGCUACAGCCUGGCCAAAUGGUACCAGCAUGGGUACUGCUGGGAUGGACCUAAUUUUGUCUUCAACUUGUAUCAAAUUCGGAACUCAAAGGAGCUGGAGAUGGGUCUACCCUUUACCAUCAGUGGCCACAUCAGCAGUCCAGGCUACCUGAGAUUCUCCAAUAGGUUAGUCUGA